AUGGCAGAGAAUACGAUUGAUUACAAGUACGAGAAGACCGAUGAAAUCAAUGACUUGAGCGACUGUGAGGACGAAAUACCCACCAAAUUUACGGUGCUUGAUGUACUGCGAAUGUUAGCAGGUCUGUUAAUACUCUACGGUGUCUGCUGUAAACUAUGGAGUGGCAAUUGGUAUUCCAUGGGGUCUAAAACUUCAAUGUCGUCCUCCUAUGAGCGGAGUCUACUCGAAAUUCCUCAGUACUGGUUGCAUGUCAAGCAAAGCCGAGGGCCAUUCGCAUUUUCCCUAGAGGAACUUUCGCAGUUUAGCGGAGACAAGAGCCCUGAGCGGAUCCUGCUCAGUGUCAGGGGCCACGUCUUUGACGUUACGAGCGGGUCGCGUUUCUAUGGAAAAUGGGGAGCCUAUCGGAAGUUCACGGGUACAGACUGCUCUAAACUGUUCAGCUAUCCCCAGUGGGACAUGUCGGUUCUGGGGAAACAAUGCAGCAGUGAUCUUUCCGACAGCACCUCGACCGAGCUGGCUCGAGUCGAUUCUUGGCUGCAAUUUUUUCAGAAGAAAUAUCCAGAGAUAGGCUAUGUUGAGGAGCUACUCGAUUCGUAG